AUGGUGAGGAGGAAUUUGGGGAAAACAACGAGGAUGAGGAGGAGGAAAAAGGUUAAUUAUCUGAUUUCAUUCCUGUUGGUGUUGAUUUUCUCAUUGAUGUUCGACGUCUUCUAUGGUGGUGAUGGUCGUCGGACACGUUACGGUUUUGUUGAAGGCGUCGUUGGAAAAAGCGAUGGAGUUCUAUUAGUCGUUGCUUCCUCAUCAUCAUCCUCACCAAUUUCUAGGUGUAGACAUUGUAAAAAGCUUCCACCUGAAUGGAAGAAGGCUGCAAAGAAUUUACAAGGAAAGGUGAAGCUUGGAUAUGUGAACUAUGAUGACGAAAAGUCUUUAAUGAGCAGGUUUAAGGAUGUGAUGGAAGAGAAAUGUGGUUCAGCUACCAUCUGUUUUGUUUCCUUCCUCCCUGAUAUUUUGGACUCUAAGGCUGAGGGAAGGAAUAAGUAUAUAGAGAUUCUUCUAUCAGUUGCUGAAAAGUUCAAAAGGAGUCCUUACAGACUGAAUGUGUUGCCCCCAAACAAUUUACUUAACAUUACUUUUAAUUACAUAUUCACUGUUUUUGCUGUUUGUUCCUCAUAUAAGAUAACAACUUAUCUACUACUACAGAUGAUUGUAUUAUUCGUCCAACUAAAUGGGCUUUCAUCACCAGGGGCUGGUUAUGAAAAGUUUCUUCUCCAAAUAGUUAUUCUUAUUCAAUAUGUUCCCAGAUUAUACCGAUUCCUGCCUCUUCUUGCUGGACAAUCUUCAAGUGGAUUUAUAUCUGAUGUCGGGGGCAAGGAAGGAAUUUUAGCAGUGGAACUUAUUCCAUUUGAUGGAGGAGAUGCCUGA